AUGCUGAACUCGGAGCCGGCCGCUCCCGACGUUCCCCCGGCGCGCUCCGACGCCGGCGGCUCCGGGGCCGGGGGGAAUCCGGCGGAUCCCGGAUCUCGGAAGGAGCCGCUGAGCCGGGAGGAGCGGCGGCGCCGGCGCCGCGCCACCGCCAAGUACCGGACGGCGCACGCCACGCGGGAGAGGAUCCGCGUGGAGGCCUUCAACGUGGCCUUCGGGGAACUGCGGCGCCUCCUGCCCACCCUGCCCCCCGACAAGAAACUCUCCAAGAUCGAGAUCCUGCGCCUGGCCAUCUGCUACAUCUCCUACCUGAACCACGUCCUGGAUGUGUGA